UGACGGAGCGUCAUGGAGUGCGCGCGCUCAGAAUGCUGCAAGCGCCGAUAGACAGGGCGGGACCAAACCGUCAUCCGUGACGUCCUCGAGGGCGUUCACUGCAAAAUGAAGUCAUCGCCGCUAUCGAGCCUUUAUAAGGCCUGUGCGGCGGGAGGGUGAGCAGCAAUCACCGAACCAACCAACCACCCAAGCCAACACACACUCACCCCCCACAACAACAACAAUGGGAUCUGUAUUCUCCGCAAUUGGCGCAGGCCUGAACUCCAUCAUCUCGGCCAUCGCCAGCGUCUUCAUGGCCAUUGUCAGCGCCAUCACCGCUGUCAUCGUCACCAUCUUCGACCUCAUCAUGGACAUCAUCUGCUGCCGCUGCUUCACCGGCCGCAGGCGAGUAGGCACUCGUCGUCGAUUCGGUGGCUCGCGAGCAACGGCGACCUACUAGGCGCCUAGCGGCUACUUUGACGUUUCGCAGCCUCGAGCGCGACGUCUAGCAGCCACGCUCCUGACGUGUGGCUGAGGCCAGCGUCGGGCGCAUGAUACGAAUGGAACGACUAGCUCUCUUACUUUAUCCACUUCUAACAUACCCGCGGCUCUGUAGUUUAGUCUUCUCUGUAUCUCUUACUAGACACGCUGUAUUGCAUCGGAACACGCUUGCAUGCUCUUUCA